UCCUAUAGACACCAUUGUGUGAGGGAAAGCGCAGGUGGGCGACGGCGUAUCCUCUUCUCCUCUCUGCCAUCCCUGGUCCUAGCCAGCUCGGAGGACCCUGUGCCAUCGCGAGCCCCAGCAGCUGGGAGCUGCUUGGGAGACGAGUGUCUCCGCGAGCGCGUGUGCGUGAGGAGGAGAGCAGAGACGUGAUUACUUCAGAAUUUAUUUAAGGGCCGGUGGAAACCACUGCAGCAGCUUCCAGGGGAAGCCCUUGUUCCAGAGGAAGAGGAGGCGGCUGCCAAGGAGGAGGAGGGGAGGAGACAGAGAAGGAGGAGCAGCAGCGCGCACCAGCAAUGAUGUGUGAAGUGAUGCCCACGAUUAAUGAGGACACCCCAAUGAGCCAAAGGGGGUCCCAAAGCAGUGGCUCGGACUCAGACUCCCAUUUUGAGCAACUGAUGGUGAAUAUGCUGGAUGAAAGGGAUCGUCUUCUAGACACCCUUCGGGAGACCCAGGAAAGCCUGUCACUUGCCCAGCAGAGACUGCAGGAUGUCAUCUAUGACAGAGACUCACUCCAGAGACAGCUCAAUUCAGCCUUGCCACAGGAUAUCGAAUCCCUAACAGGAGGGCUGACUGGUUCUAAGGGGGCAGAUCCACCGGAAUUUGCUGCACUGACAAAAGAAUUAAACGCCUGCAGGGAACAACUUCUGGAAAAAGAAGAAGAAAUUUCUGAACUCAAGGCUGAAAGAAACAACACAAGACUGUUACUGGAGCAUUUGGAGUGCCUUGUGUCGCGACAUGAAAGGUCUCUGAGAAUGACGGUGGUAAAACGGCAAGCCCAGUCCCCCUCGGGAGUCUCUAGCGAAGUCGAAGUUCUCAAGGCACUGAAAUCUUUAUUUGAGCACCACAAAGCCUUGGAUGAAAAGGUAAGGGAGCGACUGAGGGUUUCUUUAGAAAGAGUCUCUGCACUGGAAGAAGAACUAGCUGCUGCUAAUCAGGAGAUUGUUGCCUUGCGUGAGCAAAAUGUUCAUGUACAAAGAAAAAUGGUAUCAAGUGAGGGAUCCACAGAGUCUGAACAUCUUGAAGGGAUGGAACCUGGCCAGAAAGUUCAUGAAAAGCGCUUGUCCAAUGGCUCCAUAGACUCAACUGAUGACACCAGUCAAAUAGUGGAACUACAAGAACUACUUGAAAAGCAGAACUAUGAAAUGGUCCAAAUGAAAGAACGCUUGGCUGCUCUUUCAUCCCGAGUGGGAGAAGUGGAACAGGAGGCAGAGACCGCAAGGAAAGAUCUCAUUAAAACUGAAGAAAUGAACACUAAAUAUCAAAGAGAUAUUCGGGAGGCCAUGGCACAGAAGGAAGAUAUGGAAGAAAGAAUCACAACCCUUGAGAAGCGUUACCUCAGUGCUCAGAGAGAAUCUACCUCCAUACACGACAUGAAUGAUAAACUAGAAAACGAGUUGGCAAAUAAAGAAGCCAUCCUACGGCAGAUGGAAGAGAAAAACAGACAGUUACAAGAACGUCUUGAGCUUGCUGAACAAAAGUUGCAGCAGACUAUGAGGAAGGCUGAAACAUUACCCGAAGUAGAGGCUGAACUGGCUCAGAGAAUUGCAGCUCUAACAAAGUCUGAUCCAACCUCUUCUACCUCAUCUGAUGAUUAUCAAUAUGUUAUGGAAGCUAAACUACAAGAAAUGAUCUCCAUACGUAGGAAGGCUGAAGAAAGACAUGGAAAUAUUGAAGAGCGUAUGAGACAUCUAGAAGGUCAACUUGAGGAAAAGAAUCAAGAACUUCAAAGAGCUAGGCAACGAGAGAAAAUGAAUGAGGAACAUAACAAAAGAUUGUCCGAUACUGUGGACAGACUUCUGACUGAGUCCAAUGAGCGCUUACAGCUGCACUUGAAGGAAAGAAUGGCUGCUUUAGAAGAGAAGAAUGUUUUAAUCCAAGAAUCAGAAACUUUCAGAAAGAAUCUUGAAGAAUCUUUACAUGAUAAGGAAAGAUUAGCAGAAGAAAUUGAAAAACUGAGAUCUGAACUUGACCAACUGAAAAUGAGAACUGGCUCUUUAAUUGAACCCACAAUAUCAAGAACUCAUCUAGACACUUCAACUGAGUUGCGGUACUCAGUUGGAUCCCUAGUAGACAGCCAGUCUGAUUACAGAACAACUAAAGUCAUAAGAAGACCCAGGAGAGGCCGCAUGGGUGUGAGAAGAGAUGAGCCAAAGGUGAAAUCACUUGGGGAUCAUGAAUGGAAUAGAACUCAACAAAUUGGAGUACUAAGUAGUCACCAUUUUGAAAGUGACACUGAAAUGUCUGAUAUUGAUGAUGAUGACAGAGAAACCAUUUUUAGCUCAAUGGAUCUUCUCUCUCCAAGCGGUCACUCUGAUGCCCAGACCCUAGCUAUGAUGCUUCAGGAACAACUCGAUGCCAUCAACAAAGAAAUAAGGCUAAUUCAAGAAGAAAAAGAAUCUACGGAGUUGCGCGCUGAAGAAAUUGAGAAUAGAGUGGCGAGUGUGAGCCUGGAAGGCCUCAAUCUGGCAAGGGUGCACCCAGGCACGUCCAUCACUGCGUCUGUUACGGCGUCGUCGCUCGCCAGUUCAUCGCCCCCCAGUGGACAUUCGACCCCAAAGCUCACCCCGCGCAGCCCUGCCAGGGAAAUGGACAGAAUGGGAGUCAUGACACUGCCAAGUGACCUAAGGAAACAUCGGAGAAAGAUUGCAGUGGUAGAGGAAGAUGGUCGGGAGGAUAAAGCAACAAUUAAAUGUGAAACUUCUCCUCCCCCCACACCCAGAGCCAUCAGGAUGACUCACACCCUCCCAUCUUCCUACCACAAUGAAGCCAGAAGUAGUUUAUCCACCUCUCUUGAGCCAGAAAGCCUUGGUCUUGGAAGUGCCAAUAGCAGCCAAGACUCUCUUCACAAAGCCCCCAAGAAGAAAGGAAUCAAGUCUUCAAUAGGACGCUUGUUUGGUAAAAAAGAGAAAGCUCGGCUUGGGCAACUCCGAGGCUUUAUGGAAACGGAAGCCGCAGCUCAGGAAUCUCUGGGAUUAGGCAAACUUGGAACACAAGCUGAAAAGGAUAGAAGACUUAAGAAAAACACAUCUGGGCAUGAACUUCUUGAAGAAGCUCGGAGGAAAGGAUUGCCUUUUGCCCAGUGGGAUGGACCAACUGUGGUGGCUUGGCUAGAGCUCUGGUUGGGAAUGCCUGCCUGGUAUGUGGCAGCCUGCCGAGCCAAUGUGAAAAGUGGUGCCAUCAUGUCUGCUCUGUCAGACACUGAGAUCCAGCGAGAAAUAGGCAUCAGCAAUCCUCUGCAUCGCCUAAAGCUCCGAUUAGCCAUCCAGGAGAUGGUUUCCCUCACAAGCCCUUCAGCUCCUCCAACAUCUCGAACUCCUUCAGGCAACGUUUGGGUGACCCAUGAAGAAAUGGAAAAUCUUGCAGCUCCAGCCAAAACGAAAGAAUCUGAGGAAGGAAGCUGGGCCCAGUGUCCGGUUUUUCUACAGACCCUGGCUUAUGGAGAUAUGAACCAUGAAUGGAUUGGAAACGAAUGGCUUCCUAGCCUGGGGUUACCCCAGUACAGAAGUUACUUUAUGGAAUGCUUGGUUGAUGCAAGAAUGUUAGAUCAUCUAACAAAGAAAGAUCUUCGUGUUCAUUUAAAAAUGGUGGAUAGUUUCCAUCGAACAAGUUUACAGUAUGGAAUCAUGUGCUUGAAAAGGUUGAAUUAUGACAGAAAAGAACUAGAGAGAAGACGAGAAACAAGUCAACAUGAAAUAAAAGAUGUGUUGGUGUGGAGCAAUGAUCGAGUUAUUCGCUGGAUACAAGCAAUUGGACUUAGAGAAUAUGCAAAUAAUAUUCUUGAAAGUGGUGUGCAUGGCUCACUUAUAGCCCUGGAUGAGAACUUUGACUACAGCAGCUUAGCUUUGUUACUACAAAUUCCAACACAGAACACCCAGGCACGGCAGAUACUUGAAAGGGAAUACAAUAACCUCUUGGCCCUGGGAACUGAACGAAGGCUGGAUGAGAGUGAUGACAAGAACUUCCGACGUGGAUCAACCUGGAGAAGGCAAUUUCCUCCUCGUGAAGUCCACGGGAUCAGCAUGAUGCCUGGGUCCUCAGAAACAUUGCCAGCUGGAUUUAGGUUAACCACAACAUCGGGGCAGUCGAGGAAAAUGACAACAGAUGUUGCUUCAUCAAGACUGCAGAGGUUAGACAACUCCACUGUUCGCACAUACUCAUGUUGACAAGCCACUAAGGAGGCAGCACUGAACUGCUAUGUCAUCUUUUCAGUCUACUCUACCUAAAGUGCACUACCAUCUAAGAAGACCAACAAUGAAAACCUUUGUGAAGACCAAAUUCAAAGGAAAUAAUAACAAGUAAUGGUUUAUUAAAAAGCUGAAAAUGUGAUUUUUUGGGGGGAUCAGAUAUUAAGCUUGAUUAGUUUACUACAAUUGUAAUAAAAUGCUUAAGUCAUUUGAAUAAUAAGCAUCAUCCACAUCAUAUAUUCUGUACAUUGGAUGCUUUUAUGAAAUGGAGCCACUUGUUUUUUCAUGUUGUAAUAUACUAGGCAUUUAUGUACUACUGUGUAUUUCUUUUUAAAUGUGUAAGUCUUAUGUAAAUGGAUAUAAAUAUGAUUUUUUUAAAAAAUAAAAUAUAUGGUUCAUGGAGUCUGAGUGCAAACAUUUGACAAUUCCAAGUACUGUUUGUAUUUUGCCAUUCCACCAUUUUUACAGCUUUUGAAUUGUAACAGUCAAAUCAAUGUUUCCUCCUUCAAGUCUGUCUAUAUUUAAAGCUGAACACCUGCCUCUGAUCAUGUAAAAAAAAAUGAUUUAACCUGGAACUGGAGCCAAAAAAAAAAAAAA